AUGGAUAACGUCACCAAGCGCAGGGCAAAGGGCCUAAAGAACGAAUACGGCGACGGCUCACCCUUCUUCCUCGACGGCGCAGGCGAAAGACUGCUCUUCGUCCUCGACCCCGAGCACAUCAAAGGCGCGCUCAACAACUCCGCCGAACUAGAUCCCAAUCCCUUCAUUCACGACAAGAUCAUGGGCGCACUAAUGAGCAGUCCCAAAGCCGCCAUCGAAUACUACAACUCCCCAGAAAGCAACACAGACUACAUACAGACUACGCACAUCCGACAACACACAACCGGGUCCAAUCUCGGUCUCCUCGUCCAACGCCUCUUCGACGUCAUGAAGCGCACCAUCUCUGAAACCCUCGCUGAGACACCUGAUGGCACAUGGCACGAAAUCCCCGACCUUUACGCCUUCCUCGAAUACCAUCUUUCGUAUGGCAUAACCGAAACACUGCUAGGCAGUUCGAUUAUUGAAACCUACCCGGAGAUCAUAACAGACCUCUGGAUUCACAUUGAAGCCACAGAUCAAUUCUUCAUGGGCCUCCCCCGCUUCGUCAUCCCAAAAGCAUACGCCGCCCGCGACCGCCUCCUCUCCGCAAUCCGCACAUGGACCAUAAAAUCCGAAGCCUUACGUCAGGCCAACGCUGUAAACACCGUGUGGGAUCCUGUCGCGGGUUCGGGUCUUCUCCAAGAACGCGAGAAACUAUACAGCGAGAUGCCGGGCCACGGCAUCGAAGGCCGGUCCGCUCAAACUCUCGGUUUACUCUACGGAGGAACCAGCCUAACCGUGCCCGUCACAUUCUGGUAUCUGUUCGAAACGCUGCGGAAUCCAGAUCUACAACAACGUGUGCUAUCUGAAAUGAAAAGUCAUGUAAACGAGGAGACAAAGGGCUAUAACUUCAUGCAACUCACCUCGCGCCCGCUGUUCCAAAGCCUCCACGCCGAGACGACACGAAUGUAUAGUUCCAACCUCGCGGUUCGAGAGGUUACGAGUGAGGUGUGGAAGUUAGAUGGGAAAUACAGUGUACCGAAAGGAACCCAAGUCUUCAUCAGCCAUAAAUUUGCCGGCCAAUUCACCCAGGGUUGGCGUUCCAUCCGCCCCCAAACUGUUGCCAAGCCCCUAGAUGCCUUUUGGCCUGAGCGGUAUCUCGUCAACACCUCCGCUUCUCCUUCCAACCCCUCUUCCACUUCCACCCCCACUUCCACCCCCUCUUCCACUUCCACCCCCUCCAACAACCCCGAUAACCGCUCAAAGUUCAGCGACGCAGGUCUAAGCGGUAGUUGGACUAGUUUCGGUGGCGGCGAACAUAAAUGUCCUGGUCGGCAUUUUGCACGCAAUAUCGGCAUUGUGACACUAGCGGUGUUGAUGGGUGUGUUUGAGAUUGAAGUGAGUGAUUUGGAGGGGGCGAGGAGGCUGGAUCCGGGGAAUAAGAGGAAGGCGUUUGGGACAAUGAGGCCGAGGGAGAGGAUUGCGGGGAGGCAUCUCCUAACGGUACGUCGCAAAGUCGAAACCCUAGAGGACGACAUCAAUAGCACCAACAGGGUGCUGGAACAGUCUGGUGGCACAGUCGAUGCUCGCGAUAAAUCCAUCACGAACAUCAACAAGCAACUACACAAUGCUCAUGAGACACAUGCAAACUGCAAAGACAGCUUCGCUAGCAUCAAUCGACAACUGAACGAUGCCCACGUCGAACUCAGACGCUCCUCUACCGAGAUCAAACGCCUUGCGUUGUUUGGCUCUGUUGUCGUGCGGUGCCAGCACGAGUUCUUCAAGGCUGUUUAUCAAAUCACCGAGACGCUUCACACCGCACCGAUACCUGUGCCUCCUUUGUGGACGUCGAAAACACCCAUCACACCGGAGGACAUGAUCAGUCAGCAUCAAGAACACGCCGGUUUUCUCAUCAGUCUGAUCGAUAGUCUCAAGGACGCCUACCGAGACGCCAUGUUGAUGUAG